AAGCUCCGACGACAUUUCAAGAUCCAGAAUCCCAAUUGACCAUCGACGAUAGCCUCAUUCGCCCAUUACAGACCCCAAUUGUCGUCACAAUGGCCGGAGACUCAGCACCAAGGGAAGCGACCCGCGAGGAGAUGCGGGAGGCGAAGCUCCCCCUCCCCUACCGCGACAGCUGCGCCGGCCUCCUCAUCCCCCUCAACCGCUGCCGUGUCGACACUUGGUAUCUUCCGUGGAAGUGCAAUGACGAGCGCCACAGCUACGAGAAGUGCCAAUACGACGAGUUCAAGAAGCGUGUCGCCAAGAUGAACGAGCUCCGCGCGGAGAAGGGAACGAGAAGCAACUAGAGUGGCGGCAACGGGACGAGACGAACGAAACGAGCCUGGGACGGCGAGCGUCUGUGUAUAUAACCUGUUAUUUGAGGAUCAGGGGGCCAGAAAAGGGCAGCAAGGGAUUGAUCUUGCCGCGAGGGUCAUAGAUCGAGCCGAAUUCACGUCUUUUGCGAUUCCAUUAUGGCCCGGUGAUGAGGAAAGUUUGCUGCGGUACCAGGGAUCGACAUGGCGAAGAGCGCUGCAUCUGCGAGGAGAACGCAUUACGAGGAGUCAGUGUCUUGAAGUGUGGAAGUGGGAGGGACAAUUGCGGUCAUGCGCCCUGGCAGUAGGAGAAUGACGUGACAGAGUUACAGACGAAUAAUCCACGAGAGCUCGUGGGCAUGGGUUACUCUGAAGACAAAGCUAAACAACUGGUCAUUCAAACCCAGAUUGCCGGCCAGAAAAACGACAGGAUGUUAGGACUAAGACUUUG